CCCCAAGAUGAACACGGCCCUGCUGCUCCUUAUUGUGCUGGCUGUGGCCGCCGGACCAGCCCGGGCUCUCCACUGCCACGUGUGCAGCAGCUCGACCAACUGCAAGAACGUCCAGCUCUGCCCGGCCAGCGCACGCUACUGCAGAACCAUGACCACGGUGGAGCCGCUGCGGGGGAACCUGGUGCAGAAGGACUGUACGGAGUGGUGCACGCCCACCAGUCACCAGCAGGCCCAGUCGGGCAGCAGCUGGUCCACCACCCAGUGCUGUCAGGGGGACUCGUGCAACGAUCGGCUGCUGAACUCCGCCCGCCGGCCCCUGGGCAGUGCACUGCUGGGCCUGGCCCUUGGCCUCCUGAUGCUCCUCCUGGGCCACUGAAGCCCCAUCUGAUGCCCUGGGCUGGGGGGCC